AUAAAAUCAGUGCUCCUUGUUAGAUAAAUCGAUAUGAAACAACGAUAUGGUUCAGAAAAAUAAUACCCCCAACUAUUGAAAAAAUCCGAAAGAAAGAACCUAUUAAAAUAGUUCUAUACUUCUGCGUCGUGCGAGAGCAGGAUUUUACAAGGCUUUCGCACAUUGUAUGUCGACAUUUGUUUGUCUGUUUUUCUCUCGUUCACCUCUAAUCUCAUUUAGCCAUAAAAGAAAUCAAAUUCAAGAUAAAAGCCAAGACAUUUCUAAUUUAUAAGUGGCAAAACUUUAUCAAAGUCUAGCUUGUGUGAUUGGCUUUUCAGGUUAUGGAUAAAGAUCAACAAUGUACUUUUUUUUUCUGAUCACAAUUGAUUCUGUGCGCACGCUCUUCCAGUCGAUCUUAAAUCGCCCAAUGCCCUGACCUGAGAAGCUUGCUCAAGCGAUUUGGAGCGUCGGGAAAGAAGACCAUACCACAGCAGCCGAAGAUGAAACAGGGUUAAUUAAAAUUCUUUGUUAGCUCAGUAUGGCACGGCAAAGGCGAGCUUCGCCUUUAGCUUCUGAGAGCACUACCGCAGAUCAGCGAUCGAGACUCAUGGAAAAGGAAAGCGACGCAGCUCGUUCACAGGUCGCGCAAGGCGAGAGUCCAAGGAGUGAAAACCUGGAGGACUCGGAUUCUGGUGAACAAGACAAGUUCAUUGGAAUAAUGGGCGACACAGCGAAACGUUUUUCCUCGCUUCUGACGGUUAUUUGUCGCACAGCCAAGAGGUCUGCAAACAAGGUGGCGAAAAUACGAAAGAAAAAGAAUGGCGGAGAAGAUAUGAGUAACGUACCGCCAAAGGUUGACGCGGUUGUUGGAAGCCCCUGUAAAACGCGUGGAUCAAAAAGCUCUGCUUCAAGCGUGGAUGAAAAAGUUGAACAACAUUUCAAUGAGACUUAUGAACUGCACCAACUUCUUGGCCAAGGAGGAUUUGCUGUUGUGUAUUCCGGAACCCGAGUCCGAGAUGGUCUACCUGUGGCAAUCAAGGUUAUUCCCAAGUGCAAUGUGUACUCUUUUGAAGAGGAAAAUGAAGUCCCAAUUCCAAUGGAAGUUCACCUUCACCGCUUCCUUGACCACCCUAACGUCAUCAAACUACUCGACUACUUCGAGCAUGCGCAGGCCUAUGUGAUGGUGUUGGAACGGCCGCAGUACCACAAGGAUCUGUUUGACUACAUCACAGAAAAGCGUCGAUUGGAGGAAAGCGAGGCGAAGAGUAUUUUUCGCCAAGUUGUGGAGGCGGUCAUGUACUGCGAAUCAAAAGGAAUCUUCCAUCGUGAUAUCAAGGACGAGAAUAUCUUGCUGGAUUCCAUGACAGGUCAGGUGAAAUUGCUCGAUUUUGGCUCAGGCACGGUGCUGGAGAACACCUUAUACACUGAUUACGAAGGAACCCGAGCGUAUUGUCCUCCAGAAUGGUUCCGCUUUCAUCGCUACUACGCACGCCCAGCUACUGUGUGGUCACUGGGGAUACUGCUGCACAACAUGAUCACGGGCGACGUUCCUUUUUCGAAUGAAGUGGAGAUCGUCAGGGCAGAGCUGAAUUUCUCGGAUGAUGUUAGUAAAGACUUGCAAGAUAUUCUGCGAUGUCUUUUAGCCAAGCACCCUUCUUACAGACCCUCUUUGGAGGUGAUAAUAGAACAUCCUUGGCUUCAGCCCCAUAGACACAAACACCGCCCCUCGGACAGGAGACUGUGUCAAAGCGUUCCUAUCCCUGGGGAGAGCCUUGGAGAGAGGCGAGAGCGGCAACCGCAUCGAGGAUCAGCUCUUUAAGCUAAGACCAGAGGAUUAAAGAGUUAUCAUAUAAAUCACCUGCUCUGGACCACGGUAAACAAUUUCUCCUAAUUAAGUCUGGCGAGGAGCAACCUAAGCACGUGCAAUAUGGACAGUGUAUGUGUAACGCACGGGCUCAAACAUAUGCGGGUCACGUGCAUGAAUACAACAGAGUAUGACAGAUUUACAAACCAGAUCGUACUCUGUUAAAAACGCGAAAUUCUACAGGAGCCUCCGCGUCUAUUGACAGCAUGUUCUGCUGAGUUGAUGGCAGCCGUGUCUUCUUUGGUUUUCUUCUAGAAUGAUUGAUAAGUCUCGGAGCUGUAUCGUCGUGAUGGCAAAAUAACAGCGGUGCCGGCUAAUGUGAAUCAAUUGAGUCUAGAAAUAUGAAGCCCUGGCUAGAAAACUAAAAGGACGGCCGCGAAGUUCCCAAAAGGGACAUCCUGUAUUCUUAUUAAAGUCGAGACAACGGCAUGUUCUAACCAAAGGAACUCACUUGAACUAGAGCUGUUGUAGAUACUAUAUGUUUCCAAACUUGGUUUAAUCCUGUUCCGAAAGGAUGGAAAACAGAAAUUCAGGGCUGUUAGUGGCCUCCCUAACUUUACCAAGUUGCCAGACAACAAGACGUCGUCUUAUAACGUCCCGCUGACGUGCCGGCGAUGUCUUGAUAGGAGGUUAGGGAAUCGGUAACUAUUCGAGCGCGAAGAUUUGCCGAAAACUAUUCGGGUGCGAAGAUUUCCCGGCUGAAACCGGGAGGUACAGUUGUUGGAGUUAUAAGCGAGGUAGCCGAAGUAUCUGUCGAGAAAAGCGGUUUUACAUCGAGCGAGAAAAGUUUGUAUAAAAUAAAGAUUUGCAAGAAAAGUUUGUAUGUGAUGUUUUUCAUCGAUGAUUAUAAAACGUCAAAUAUGUUUCCUUUCGCCUGUCCAGUUAGCAUUGAGAAUCAGAUCACUAGUGUUGAGAGAGAUCUGGGAACGAGAAACUCCAGUUAGCUGCCGG